CCGAGCUUCAUCAUCAUCAUCGCCCAUUAUUCCCGUUCCACCAUCAUCACAAUCUCCAGCCGCAACGCAACAGCACAACACCAUCGCAUCCACGCUCGCCCACACGCACGCACGUCGACGCCCGUCCUCCCGCGCAACGCAUCGCUCUUCCCAUCCUGCGCGCACACCAAGGCGCCGUCUUCGCCCCCGGGCCCACGACCGCAUCCUCGAUUCCAUAACUCCUCCUCCUCCUCCUCACGCUCGCCUCACCGCGUCAAACAAACCGUCAAAAUGUCCAUGCGCAUCGUCCCCUCCAGCGCCCACGCCUCCUCCUUCUCGCACACCGCGUCGCACACCUCGUCCGCGCCCUCCGCCCCGGGCGUCCACGACACCUUCCGCCACGGCGUCGGCCCCAGCCCGCACGACGCCGCCGCCGGGAAACCCGCCUCGGCCCAUCCGCUCGAGGCCCGCCUCAAGGGCUGGGAGGCCACGCAGGAGGCCUUGCGCAUGGAGUCCCUCCGCCGCACCUUUGGCAUCGCCGAGCCCGUCCGCCGCGGCAUGGAGCUCAAGAUGGUCCGCGAGGGCGAGUGGCGGCCCAUCGCCCUCGGCGGCGGCCUGCCUAGCGUCCACGAGGACAUUCUGCACGGCAGGGACGACAUGAUCUCCUGGGAGGACAUCUUCACUGGCGAGGAGACGAGGGGUGUGGUGGGCGUCCACGACGAGAUGGAGAAGAAACUCAAGAUUCAGUAGAGGAUGACGGCAUGUAGAUCCGAGAGAUCCGAGAGGUGCGGCUCUGUUUCGAGGGAAAGAGGAUGAAUAUUGCUCAGUACAUGUACAAUAAAUCAAGACGCAGCAAGGCCACCAUAGAUGCGGGGCCUCCCGCAACAUUUCUUCUGCCGAAUGCACGCGGCCAGCAGCAAACAUCACCUGCAAUUCUAUCCUGCUAUGGACAUGUUUCAGUCCCUCGGCGUGCGCUGCUCAUCCGCCGACCGCGCCCCGGAGGCAUUGCCAAAU